AUAAUAAGAGUGAGUUUUGGCGGGAGUUGUUGUGUUGUUGUUGUUGUGAGACAUUAUGGCCACUACUGCUGAUGUUAUUAUUGAUCAACGUAUACGAGACAUACAGAGGGAAUAUCUGGAGUUCCUGGAAGAUGAUGAGGACUCUGGCCUGUAUUCCGAACUUGUGCGUGAUAUGAUUGAAGAUGGCGAGUGUCGCCUCAUUGUCAGCAUUAAUGACCUCCGCAAAAAGAAUUCUCAGCGUGUCACAGGGCUGCUAAACUGUGCCUACGAGGAAGUGCCAGCAUUUCACCGAGCCCUGAAGGAGUAUGUAGCAUCAGUUGAUGCUAACUAUGCCAAGAAUAAAGAAGAACUUUUUGUUGGGUUUGAGGGGAGUUUUGGCAGUAAGCAUGUGUCUCCACGAUCACUGACUGCCAGGAACCUGGGUAAUCUAGUGUGUGUUGAAGGCAUUGUUACCAAAUGUUCACUGGUUCGUCCCAAGGUGGUACGCUCGGUCCACUACUGUCCCACCACCAAGAAGACAUUAGAACGACGCUACACAGACAUGACAUCAUAUGAACCAUACCCAUCGUCGGCGCUGUACCCGACUAAAGAUGAAGAUGGUAAUUUACUAGAGACAGAAUAUGGCCUGUGUAUUUACAAGGAUCACCAGACUAUAACCAUCCAGGAGAUGCCAGAGAAGGCUCCGGCAGGCCAGCUGCCACGUUCUGUUGAUAUUGUCUUGGAUAAUGACUUGGUUGACAAGUGUAAACCUGGAGAUAGAGUUCAGGUAAAUGUUACAAACCUUCAUACAUUUAUUUCAGUCUUUAGAUGUCUGAACAAACAUUACACCACCAUACUAAAGUUGGUUCUUCUUUUCCAGACACAGCCAGUAACUGCCCGUGCCCUGGAGACGCUCAUUCGUCUCUCUACAGCUCAUUCAAAAAGCAGACUUUCCCGUUAUGUAACAGUGCAAGACGCUGAAGCUGCCAUCGAGAUGGUGUCAUAUGCCUACUUUAAAAAGGUGAUGGAGAGGAAGAAGAGGCGUAAGAAUGAUGAAGAGAGUGAUACAGAACCAGAAGAGGAAGAUGACAACAGGGAGGAGGAGGAAGGUGGGAGGAAGAGAAAGAGAAGAGGCACAGGAGAGGCAGAGAAGAAGACAAAGAAGGUCAAGAAGACCAAGAAGCAGCCUGGUGAUGAAGGUUAUGAUCCUUAUGACAUUGAGAGUGCCGAGGAAGAAGGUGAAGCCAUGUCUCCAACACCAGCCUCAGUGAGAAGCAGUGUUAGCAGAGCCUCCAGGACUAGUGAAGCUGCUUCAUCUACUACUACACCUAAAGAGAUCUCUACUGAGAGACUAGCAGCCUUCAAAGUUUCACUCACAAAGCUGUUCAAAGAGGAAAGAAUUCAAACAGUGGCUGUGUCGAAGGUUAAGAAGUUCCUGAGUGAUGAACAUGCCUCUCAGCCAUUUACCACGGAUGAAUUCGAUGCUGCAAUUGCAAGAAUGACAGAUGAUAACCAGCUGAUGGUUGCAGAUGACAUGAUUUUCCUUAUGUAAACCUUUAAGGAAGGAGCAUUGAAAUGCAAGGGUGUUGUAAAAUAUUAUGAAUGCCUGUUAGUGUGCCACCAAGUUAUUAUUGCAGUGUGCUGCCAGUGGUACUAUUGCAGUGUGCUGCCAGUGGUACUAUUGCAGUGUGCUGCCAGUGGUACUUUUACAGUGUGCUGCCAGUGGUACUUUUACAGUGUGCUGCCAGUGGUACUAUUACAGUGUGCUGCCAGUGGUACUUUUACAGUGUGCUGCCAAACGUACUACUUCAAGCAGUGUACCACCAAAAGUUCUUUUACAAACAAUGUAUAGCCAAAAGUACUUUACAGUGUACCACCAAAUGGUAUUUUGUUAGUAUUGUAUAAAAUUUAAAAUGUGUAAUCUGGAAAAUUAGUAUUUUAUAAUCACAUUAUUUGUUAAUUUGAUACAAGUUACCUGAACAUUUUUCCUUUAUCCUGUAAGUAUGAUGAAAAUA